AUGCCCACACGGGCGAAUACAAACGACGACGAGGCGAUCAUCAGCGAGGACACCAGCGAGGUUACCCGACUCUUCGUCGAGCGUCUCCAGGCGUGGAAGCACGCAGUGGGUUAUCUGGAGGAUUACAUCACGGCGACAGAGAAGACGCAGCAUGCGCAUGGCAAGGAGUAUGAGCGGAUAUUGAAGACUGUGAAUGAGCCGCUUAAGGAGGGGCAUCAUUUCGAUCAGAGUUUGGGGGGGAUUGCGGGCAUGUUUGAGAAUAUUAGGUCGAACACCCAGGGCAUCUCCAACCAGCACUACGAGACGGCCAAGUCUCUCAAAGGCACCAUUCUCUCCAUCUUCGAACGUCUCCACAGCGAAAUCAAGCACAAGACGAAGGAGCUCAGUAAAGGUGCCGGUAAGGGCAGCAAAGCCGUCGACAAGGCGCGCAAUGCGACACAGAAGCAUAUCGAACUCCUCGGUCAGCACACAGCGACGUUUGAUUCCCAUGGCGGGAAGAUUGCCGCUACCGACGACCCCUACGUGCUCCAGCGAGGCGUCUUGUACCGUCUGAACAAGCAGAUCCAGGAGGAGAACAACAACAGGCAGGAUUUGAUCAGCGUGCAGAACAGCUUUGCGCAGUUUGAGGCCCAUGUCAUUCAGACCAUUCAACAUGGACUGGGCCAGUUCAUGCAGGUCGUGACCGCACAGGCGGAGCAGACCAAGGCCAUGUAUGCGGACAUGGUCGGCACAGCCCAGCGCAUCCCAUUGGAUUUCGAAUGGAACGGGUUCGUCCGGCGCAACAGCGGCAUCCUCAUCGAUCCGUCUGCACCAGCACGAAGUGUCACGAACGUGCACUUCCCCAACCAGGACCACCGCUCGACGCAGCCCAUCAUCGCAGGUUCUCUGGAGCGCAAGGGAAAGAUCAUGCGCAGCUACGACACAAACUACUACGUCGUUACGCCCUCCAAGUUCCUCCACGAGUUCAAGACAGACGACAGCUUCGCCAAGGACCCCGUCCCCGAGCUCUCGCUCUACCUCCCGGACUGCAUCGUCGGCGCCGUCAACGGCCAGAAGUUCAAUGUCAAGGGCAAAGACGUCUCCAAGGGCAAGGUAGGCAACACGUUCAGCAUGAGCCACGAGCUCCAGUUCAAGGCGCACACGCCCCAGGCUGCGCAGAAAUGGUGGGAAGUCAUCCGCCAGGCCGCCGGACAGAUCACUGCAGAGCAGCCCGAGACGAGUGCUCCGACGAGCCCGGUCACCAGCAAGGACAGCCCGACGCAGCCGCUGAGUCCGCAGACCACGCAACCGACUACGGAACAGACCACGGGGACGAUUCCGAGCGCGACGACGGAUGCGAAGCCUGCACCUUUGGCGACCGAUGUGCCGCCAGCGCAGGCCACGGCUGGUUCGACUCCGGCAAGUGCGGUGCCUGCUAGUGGAGUUCCCAGUGAGCCUGGGAAGUAUUAG